CCAAACCCCAAACUCCAGACCUCCUCCACCACACAACCGCUUGUGCACUCACCAGCCCUCGAGCGCAACGGCUCGGAGUACAUUACCACACUUCAAUUUCUUACGAAUCACUGCGAAGCCGCACUAUCGUCCUGAACCGCGAUUGUGCGACGCCCCCAUACCCCGCCACCUGUCCACCACCCUGAACCCUUGACGUGCAUGAAGACCUAGGUUGCGGUCCUCUCUAAUUUCGAAGCGUGGAGAUGGCGGUCAGUAGGAUAAGAGGCGCCUUCGCGGUGCCGAGGAAGGGAGAGACGUUUGAACUCAGAGCGGGCCUGGUGUCGCAAUAUGCAUAUGAGCGGAAGGAGGCCAUUCAAAAGACUAUUAUGGCCAUGACUCUAGGCAAGGACGUUUCCGCCCUUUUCCCCGACGUUCUGAAGAACAUUGCAACGGCAGACCUCGACCAGAAGAAGCUUGUGUAUCUCUAUCUUAUGAACUACGCGAAGUCGCAUCCCGACCUUUGUAUAUUGGCCGUGAACACCUUCGUUCAAGACUCCGAAGACCCCAAUCCCCUCAUACGAGCGCUCGCAAUACGGACAAUGGGAUGCAUCCGGGUGGACAAGAUGGUCGACUACAUGGAAGAGCCCUUGAGGAAGACGCUCAAAGAUGAAUCACCCUACGUCCGGAAAACAGCAGCUUUGUGCGUAGCAAAGCUUUUUGAUCUGAACCCGCAGAUGUGCCUGGAGAAUGGCUUCCUGGAACAGCUACAAGACAUGAUUGGUGACCCUAAUCCCAUGGUCGUCGCGAACUCGGUUACUGCAUUGGUCGAGAUCAACGAGACGGCGCCGGAGACCCAGGCUUUCAAAAUUACACCCGCUACGCUGAAGAAGCUGCUCAUGGCGUUGAAUGAAUGCACGGAAUGGGGCCGCGUCACCAUUCUGACGACUUUGGCCGACUACAAAGCCGCCGACGUGAAAGAGUCAGAACAUAUUUGCGAGCGUGUGGCACCGCAGUUCCAGCAUGUCAACCCUAGCGUGGUCCUGGCAGCCGUUAAGGUUGUCUUCCUUCACAUGAAGUACAUUUCGCCUGAGCUAGCAAAGUCCUAUUUGAAGAAAAUGGCUCCUCCGCUAGUUACCCUGGUCUCGUCGGCACCUGAAGUCCAAUAUGUCGCAUUACGAAAUAUCGAUCUUCUUCUGCAGAAGCAGCCCGAUAUUCUCAGCAAGGAGAUGCGCGUCUUCUUCUGCAAAUACAACGACCCACCCUAUCUCAAACUCGAGAAACUGGAAAUCAUGGUGCGGAUUGCAAAUGACAAGAACGUGGACCAGCUGCUAGCGGAGCUGAAAGAGUACGCCAUGGAAGUGGAUAUGGAUUUCGUUCGCCGAGCAGUCAAAGCGAUCGGGCAGGUCGCUAUCAAAAUCGAAAGUGCCAGUGAGAAGUGUGUCAACACUCUCCUGGAUCUCAUAAACACCAAGGUCAAUUACGUCGUUCAGGAAGCUAUCGUGGUCAUCAAGGACAUUUUCCGCAGGUAUCCGGGCUAUGAAGGGAUCAUACCGACGCUCUGCCAGUGCAUUGACGAUCUGGAUGAGCCGAAUGCGAGAGGUUCGCUCAUUUGGAUUGUGGGCGAGUACGCUGAAAAGAUCAGCAAUGCCGCAGAGAUAUUGGCCGGUUUCGUGGACGGCUUCGCCGAAGAGUUUACACAGACUCAACUGCAAAUUCUUACCGCGGUCGUAAAACUCUUUCUGAAGAAGCCGGAUCAGUCACAGGCGCUUGUGCAGAAGAUACUGCAAGCUGCAACCGCCGAAAACGAUAAUCCAGAUAUCCGCGACCGAGCCUACGUGUACUGGCGGUUACUUUCAAGUGAUCCCCAAGUAGCAAAGAGCGUCAUACUGGCCGACAAGCCGCCCAUCACUUCCACGAUCCAGUCCUUACCCCCCGCCCUACUCGACCAAUUGCUUACCGAACUGUCAACUCUCGCCUCUGUGUAUCACAAGCCUCCGGAGGCAUUCCUUGGCCAAGGCAGGUUCGGUGCGGAAGCAAUGCAGAAGGCUGCUAUCGAGGAGCAACAGCAGAACGCAAGGGAGAAUCCGAUCGCCGCAGCGGCAGCAGCAGCAGUCGUCAGUGGCCAGGUACCGCCGCAGUCAAACAUCGAAAAUCUUCUGGACAUCGACUUCGACGGAUCAGCACCUGCCUCGCUGCAGAAACAACCGCAGUCUGGAGAGUCUGGUCUGGAGGGACUUGCGGGGACACCUCAGCGUGCCGCGUCCCCAUCGUCCCAUGUCGCACCAGUGUCUACAAUGGAUGACCUGCUUGGCCUAGGAGGCUUUGGCGACACUGGCGCUGCUGGCAGCUCAGCAGCUACCAUGUCGAAUGACGAUAUCAUGAAUGGAUUUGCGGGACUGAAUCUUGGGGGAACUAGCCAGCCUCCACCUGCAAGCCAGCAGCUGGGUCAUCAGCCGGCACAGAAGAGUAACCAGGAGCUUCUAGAUCUUUUCUAGGGCAGGAACGCUGGCCCGGAAAGGGGAGAAUUGGGAGCGUUGACGUGGUAUCCUGUCCAAAGCAUUGACUGGCGCAAGCGGAGUGUUACCAAUGAGGCCUAUGUUAAGAGCGAACAUGUCUGAUAAUCGCCUUUGCUUCAAGACCUUUGCUUCAAGAGCACGCUUUCUUUGCACGUUUGUGAAACAUACGCCACAACGACGCCACAAGUGUGGACCGCUGAGAGUGUUCUUGUCUUUCAAAUGCUUGCUGUCUUUUGCCGCACGGGCCUCACUGUGGCGCAGAGCUGGGGGCACCGAAACAGGGGCGCCUACUUACAUAACGUCUGGACCU